AUGCAUGAGUCGAACUUGGCACCAGUGGACUUUGAUAUAGACCUUGAACUGCACAUCCCAGCAUCUAGUGUGCCCCAGAAUUUCAGUGUUGUGCUCAGAAAUAUUCUGAGAAAUUUCUCCUUCCCCAAAAUCAUCACUGGGUCUUUAACACUGAAAGACUUGAACUUCACCACAUGGUGCUAUCCAAACUCCACUGGAGGACUCCAGUGUCAGUGUGAAGACCAGUUUGCUUGGUCAUGUGGCAAGUGUGAUGAGUACGGCGCAUGCAGUAAUGUUACCUCACAAACCUGUGAUUGCAUAAAGGGAUUUCCUCCUGAUGGAGAAUUCUGUGAACCAGUCACAAAUAUCAUUCCCUGUCCACCAAUGCCAAACACAACAACACCAGAUCCUACUACUACAACACCAAUGCUAAACACAACAACACCAGAUCCUACAACUACAACACCAAUGCCAAACACAACAACACCAGAUCCUACAACUACAACACCAAUGCCAAACACAACAACACCAGAUCCUACUACUACAACACCAAUGCUAAACACAACAACACCAGACCCUACUACAACAACACCAAUGCUAAACACAACAACACUGAUUCCAAACACAACUACACCAGAUCCUACUACAACAAAACCAUUACCAACAACUGCACCAACACCAAUUCUAACCAAUACAACAAUUCUGAUGCCAAAUACAACCACACCAAUGACAGACACAACAACAACACGGGUUUCGAGUACUACAAGAGUGCCAACUACUACAACCACAGCGAUGUCAACUACAACAACAACAGCAAACACAACUACUACAAUAACACCAACUACUGCUUCUGUUACAACAGAUCAAUUGACCAUAAAUGUGGAAUUUAGUGACACAUACAAUAAUCCAAACAGUGUUUUUUUCAGAAAUGUUAGCACUGCUAUUCAAGCAGAAGCACAGAAGAACAAAAUCACAGCACAAUUAAUUAAAUUCCGGAGUGGAAGCACCAUCGCUGAAUAUAAUGUCACUGCUGCUACUACAGUCAUCCAAACACUAAACAAUGGAAUUUUUGACCAGCUAGCAAAAAUCUACUCUAUGAUAUCAGAUGAGCCACGUUUUCUGGAUUUUAAAAUUGAAGGUCGUGGAUUUUGGGAGGAUAAAGUCAUUGUAACAUGUGGCCAUCCACCAUUUGAUCUCUUUGGUACUGACUGGAGACCAGAGUGGAGACGUGAUGGCAAUGUCAUAGUUGCAGAUGGAGUACACACCAUUUCAACAAACAACAGUCACUCAGUCUUAUCUGUGUCACAGUUCAUUCGUGCUGACAGUGGAAAUUAUGAAUGCAGGCUCAUACGGAAAAAGGAUGAAUCAUUUUAUCGACAACGAUCCAAUGGAGCCUUCACACUCAAAGAGAAACCCUUGAUCAGAGUGGACCCAAUUCAAAAAUUUUUGAAUUGUAGUGGUGAAAAUGUGCCACUAAGUUGCACUGUCAACAAUGACUACAAUAUUAAUUUCACAAAUGCGAAUAUUAGCGGUAAAAAAAGCAUUUCCUAUCAAUAUAAAACUGAUAGCUGUACAGACAAAGAGCAGGAUACAAUUACCUGUCAAUCAACUACCUAUCCUGAAUUCAAAGAAACAAUAACACUCACAUUUUACAAAAGAAAUCUUCAAAUGUGUGAUGAUAAAGAAUUUGGAAAGGCAGUUAGUGGUUCCAGAGCCAGAAUACCCUGUGCAAACAAUGAGGAAGGAGAAAAGAGUGCAUUGUGCAACAUCAAAACAUAUACUGAAAUACGAGACACCUGCAUACUGCAACCCAUUAAGGAGCUGCUUGACCAGUCUGAGGUCUUGACUGCCACUACACUGCCAGCAUUUUUGCAACAGCUCAGGAAUGUUACUAAUGGGAAUUCUGCGCAAGUGGUUAACUCACCUAAAAAUAUUGAUGCUGUUGUUCAAAUUCUCAGAAAUGUAGCUAACAGAACAGAAUUAUUCAAUAUCUUAAUCAAUGAAAACUCAAUGAAGGAUAUCCUGAUAACUGCAGGUGUUCUCACCACAGAUCAGGCAAGGAACUCAUGGAACUUUCUGAACUUUCUGAACAAAAACAAAGAAAGUAUCUCGUAUAACAUCUCUAACCCUGACAGUGUUAGUUCAUCAUUAUUGCAGUCUCUUGAAAUAAUAACAAAACACCUUGCCAGUUUCAAUAAUUCUGGUAUUGACACGCCUUCUAUCAUCUUGAACAGAACUAUAUACACAAACCCUAUCAUUGGUGAUUUUAAUUCUUCAGUGGUGAUAGAAAUACCACAGAAUGAGGGUAGAAAUAAGUCAAUCACAGUGAUAACAUUUGCCUCGCUGAAUAAUGUACUCCCUGCAAGAGAAAUAGACAAUUCAUCGAUUAAGGUCAUCGGUGGCAGGGUUGUACUUGUUCAGUCCAGUGGCCAAAUCAAUAAUAUCUCUUUGACAUUUGAUAUUUUAAAUGAUACACUGAGAGAUCCAAAAUGUGUCUUCUGGAACUUCAAUCUCCUUAAUGGUCUCGGAGGAUGGGACGAUGAGGGCUGUGAAGUGGUAAAUACAAAUGAAACUGGAACUGUCACCUGCAACUGCAACCACCUGACCUCAUUCUCUAUCCUGAUGUCACCAAACAGUCCAGUUAGCCUAAUUUUGGACUAUAUAACCUACAUCGGAGUUGGCAUUUCCAUGGGUUCCUUGGUCAUAUGUCUCAUCAUUGAAGGCCUCAUAUGGAGAAAAAUAAGAACAAAUGAAACCUCUUACCUGCGUCAUGUUUCCAUAGUUAACAUUGCUGUGUCCCUCCUGAUUGCAGAUAUUUGGUUUAUAAUUGGAGCAGCCAUUUCAGAUGCAAAUCAUAAAAACCACUCAGCAUGCACUGCAACUACCUUUUUUAUCCAUUUGUUCUACCUAGCUCUGUUCUUCUGGAUGUUUGCCUCAGCUUUGUUGCUGCUCUACCGUACAACUAAUGUCUUUGGUGGGGGUUUGUCUAAAGCAUCUAUGCUGGUCAUUGGAUUUUCUCUAGGCUACGGAGCUCCUCUAAUCAUAGCAACAGUAACUAUAGCUGCAACUGCACCAGACAACAAAUAUAUCAGAGAAAAUGUAAUCUGCUGGCUCAACUGGGAUGAGUCCAAAGCUCUACUGGCGUUUGUGAUUCCUGCACUUUCAAUAGUGCUGAUAAAUCUCAUUAUCCUGGUUGUGGUUUUGUACAAAAUUAUAAGGAGAAGGGUUGGAACAACUGCUGCACAAGCAGGUGAAAAGAGCGUUUUACUGGUUAUUGUCAAGAGCUUGGCUGUGCUUACACCAUUUUUUGGAAUAACUUGGGGUUUGGGAGCUGGACUUCUGGUGCAUCCAAGAGACAUAGGAAUCAAUAUUGCAUUCGCACUAUUCAAUUCGCUACAGGGCUUCUUUAUUUUGGUGUUUGGAACACUGCUGGAUGGUAAGGUGCGGUCAGCAAUAUCAUCAUAUGUACGACCGUCCAGAAGUGGGACAGGGAGCACAAGUGCUGGAAACUCAUCGUCAAGUGGAUUUGGAUUUUUAAGGAAAUGGAGACGUGGAAGAGAUGGCUACAACAUGACAUCCAGUGCAUCCAGUGAUUUACAUUCAGCUAGCAACACAUAAUGAAUGCAGAAAUCUGUGGUUAUUCAGAUAACCAACAAGAUGUCAGGCUUUUCUUUGUUCCUUUUUUCCAUAGUAUCAGUGAGUUAAUCUGUUGUGUUUUUAUUAAUAGCUUAUAUAAUAUUUAAUCCCAGAAGAAUUUGGCUUGGUUUUUAAG